AUGGCUCAAGAUACACCUCGACAUUUAAGUCUGGAUACCGUUACCCGAUCGCCGUCAAGUUCGUCGCUUCGAUCGACAACGACAAUCGGUUCUAAUCUUUCAACGGUUAGUCAAAGACGACGCGGACUUAUAGGAAGGAUUGGCAAUGGCUUUAAUUCGAUUUUUCGACGGUUUUCUAGCGCACAAACAUCGCUAACAGAGAUGCAAGUUCAACUUCUGUCUCAUCGAACAAACUUUACUCGAGAUCAAGUUUUGGAAUGGCACUCAAAAUUUAUCAAUGAUUACCCUGAUGGGCACAUGACUCGAAAGCAAUUUAUUGCCAUGUAUAAAGCUAUGUGCCCAAAAGUCGAUGCGGAACGUUUUGCUCGUCAUAUCUUUCGUGCAUUUGACACUGAUAGAUCGAACACAAUUGAAUUUCAUGAAUUUCUAACUGGUCUAUCGAUGACAUCACCAAACAGUUCAUCACAUGAUAAACUUGAGUGGGUAUUUCAUGUCUUUGAUGUCAAUGGUGAUGGUGUGUUAACGCGAAAGGAAUGUUUGGAAAUUAUUGAAGUUAUUGUUCGUUUUAAUCAGUCUGUACAAGGUGAUACAUCGAAUACAAAUUCUGACCAACUUCUUCGCUCAGCUAAACAAUCAAUGAUGAACAUAUUUACCAGUGGUAGAAAUACUCAUAAUGAUAAAUUGACAAUGUCUCAAUUCGUUGAUGGUUGUCUCCACGAUGAACUCAUUUCACAAUUAUUGGACCCUAAACCAACGACACUGACUAAUUCACGCGACAGUCCGACGAAUUCCUCAUGA